AUGCUCCCCAAGCGCCGACCCCCGCUGCUGCCCCCCCACGAACCCCCGGACCCCAGCGCUACGCUCAGGUUCCAUCCAGCAGUAAAGGCCUUUGUGUGUGGUUCCAUCAGUGGGACCUGCUCCACUCUCCUCUUUCAGCCACUGGACCUCCUUAAAACCCGACUGCAGACCCUCCAGCCUUCUGCCCAUGGAUCAGGACGGGUUGGAAUGGUCGCCCUGUUCAUUAGAGUCGUUCGCACGGAAAGUCUGUUGGGACUUUGGAAGGGAAUCUCUCCAUCCAUCGUAAGAUGCGUGCCCGGGGUCGGGAUCUACUUCGGGACUCUCUACUCCAUGAAGCAGCACUUCCUUGUCGGCCGCCCUCCCACGGCUCUGGAGUCUGUCAUGCUGGGGGUCGGCUCCAGGGCCAUCGCAGGGGUCUGCCUGCUGCCCAUCACCGUGGUCAAAACCCGGUACGAGAGCGGAAAGUUUGGCUACGAGAGUGUGAUCGGCGCCUUGAAGAGCAUCUACCAGACAGAAGGACACCGGGGCCUGUUCAGUGGACUGACAGCAACACUCCUGCGAGAUGCCCCGUUUUCUGGCAUCUACUUGAUGUUUUACAACCAGACCAAGAAAGCCGUAGCCCACGAUCAGUUGGACCCAGCAAUCAUGCCCUUAGCAAACUUCGCCUGUGGGAUCUUCGCUGGUAUUCUGGCGUCCGUGGCCACCCAACCUGCGGACGUCAUCAAGACCCACAUGCAGCUGUCGACUGUGAAGUAUCGCUGGAUAGGCCAAGCCGUUGCUCUCAUCUUCAAGGACUUCGGGCUGCUCGGCUUUUUCCACGGUGGCGUACCCCGUGCCCUUCGCCGAACUCUGAUGGCAGCAAUGGCCUGGACGGUCUAUGAGGAGAUGAUGGCCAAAAUGGGGCUGAAGUCGUGAAGGGUGUACGAUCUCCACCUGUUCCUUCCCUCCCACCUCUCCCUCCCUACCGAGAUGGCGAGACCCACCUCGAUGCCUCGCCUCUACCCUGUCCCCACCGGACAGUGGCUCGGUUCGACUACGGGGUUGGGGAGGAGGGAGGAACGUUGAGAAUUCUAAUAUAGGGGACCAGGCAAAGAUGUUUCAUUUCCUGGAAACGGGAAAACAGUGAAUGUGUUCUUUGCUAAUCGGAAGCAUUCCGAGUGUUCUGUAACCCCGCCGGACUUGCCUUGGAGAAUCCAGGUGUCCAGUAAAACCCCCCAGGGGUAGUUCUGCUUUAGCCAUCCAUGAAUGUGCAUCGAGUCGUCUCAUAGGACAAACCUGUUGAGCAAGAAACUGAGGCACUGGACGACGUCAAUAUGCCAGUUGCUGGAAGAAAAUCACGGGGUUAGCUAGAGCCUCCUGUUUGAGUGGUGACCUGGUAUUCUGAGGGUCAAAAAACAGAGAAUUUUAGAGGAGUGAAAUUUCCUUUCGCUUAUUUCAGAGUGCAUUUGCGGUGGCUUUUGGUUUUUCUGAUCGCACCGGACAGCCGUUGCUAAAGGGGAUCGGCCCUUCUGAGCAGGUAGUUUUCCACACAUGACUCUCCCACAUUAUUGACUUUUGUUUCGUUUACAGAAAAACACAGUACUAUCUUUGGCCUGCAGCCUUUACCAAGAGCAUCUUUAGCAUCCACAGAAACUAGAGUUAUGAGAAAUAAGCAGUUCUGUGAUUGCUUGGAUUUCUGCAGCAUGUGGUCCACGAAUCAUCAAUCAUAUCCGUAGUAUAUCGAUGGCUGCCUAUCCCAUUUGCCCCCGUGUAAUGUUUUAAAGACUCUCACCUCCGGCUAAGAUUGCCUGUUGGGCCAUGCAUUUGGCGAAGGUAUAGAUUCUCAAUCAGUGAGGUCAUCUCUCCGUCAAACCUCAUGCACACCUUCUGCCUCAAAAUCUACAAUCUUCGGGUAAGACUCCUCCUGUGAAGUCUUGCACCUAGAAAUAGCAGAACCUGAAUACAGUAGCAAGUGACCCCUUGUUGAAAAGAUAAAGACUUCUUCCUUCAGGGUCAGCUUCAGACUCUCUAGUGAUCUGGUCCCUGAAGAGUCCCCAAGUCCUGGGGAGGUUUUCAGGGUAAAAAGCCCGUUCGUUUCCUUAAAUUAUUUAUAGAUACAUAAAAUUGUAUUAUUUUAAGUUUGAGAGUAAACGGUCUUUCCCGGUUAAGAACCUUCUGUGAGUGGAGUGGGGGAGAUCUUUUAUUUUGUUAAAUUAAUCUUUAUUAAAUUAUUUUCAGUUUCGCCCUGA